CACACACACGGACGGCGACGACGACGGCGGCUUAACCACUGUACAGUCCGAGGCAAAAGAAAGUCAGCAGUAAAAAUUCCUUGCUAACUCUCCUCUCCUGUCUCUCUAUCCUGUUCAGCUUAGCCUCUCUCGGGACAUUAGUCGUGGUGGUCGUCAUUUCUCGUCGACGACCCCUUUCAUCGGUUCCGGUUCGUGUUCUCGCGGUUCGUUCGCAGCGUCGAACCGCGAGCACCUUUACGGUAAUGCACUCCAGUGUUGUAACUCGCAACAGUAGCAGCAGCAGCAGCAGCUCCAGCUGAAUUGCUCCAUGUCGCUGCCUACAAUACACGACUUCCUGGAACGCCGGAAAACUCAGUAUCACGGAGGCCAGGUUCGCCUGGCGCUGGCAUAAUGGCGUUAUCAUCGGCAGGGUGCAGUGCAGUCUUCGCCAGUGCUUCGCCGGGCGUCGGAGAUUCAUUUAAAGUUCCAGUUAAAGAAGAACGUCCAGAUGAGGCCGAAAUCCGGGAGUUGGCAGCCAAGAUGGUGGAAGCACACAAGGCGAAAAUGGCACCGAGUGUCGCGACCCUUGGCGUUCAACGACCAAGUGGUGGCGGUGGCCUACAACAAGGUAGCCUUCAGGGUAUGUUGUUCUUCAACAAUAAUACCAAUACAUUAACCCUUGGCACAACACAAAAACGUGCCACCGAUUCAUCACAAUCAACAAAUAAAGAAGGAAAAGUACCACUCGAUGAUGAAAGUCAACGUGGACGUUUUGGUUGGGUUAGUUUCGAUGAAACUCACAUUCCCUAUAUAUUUCGUGCUGGUGAAAAAUUUUGCGCCGUACGAAUACUUGAAUCAAAGCUCCUCAACAAGUACCUGAGCUAUCUUCAUUCUGACAUCUACAGUUGUACAUGCAUUCGUAGUUAUUACAUCACUGAGGCCGAGAGUAAAUUAUUAAAUGAAAUAAAUUCAAAGCACUGUGAAAGUCAGUUUGGUCGCGAACAAUUUACAAGUAAGGAUUUAGUUGUGAGACUCGCUGACGCUAAGGAAUUUUACGCUUUUCUUGAUGUUUGCUAUACAAAAUUAACGGCAAGCAAUCGAACAACACCAUCUGACAAAUGUGGUUUUAUUCGCAUUAAUAAAGAGUCCGUUGUGCCCUAUACAGUUAAGGACGGCCUCAAAUAUGUUCCUCUCUUUUAUUUUGAAGGCGAGACUGACAAUCUUAAAUUGAAAGCAGAAAAACUCGAGGGCUGGGAUUUGUCGUAUUUGAAAUUUUGCUGCAAGGUACAAGGUAUUAGAAAUGAAUUAUUCGCAAGUGAAACAUGCUCUGUUAUUAGUCUCAGUGAUAUUAAGAGUUAUUUUCCACCUGGAACUGGCUUUGAGGAUUAUUGGCCAAGUAAAGUAAUGGAUUCACAAUUAAUUGUCAAUAGUAAAGGUGGAGGCGGUGGUGGCGGUUGGACUAAACAGCCGGCAACACCGCCAGCUCCAAAACCAGUGCAAAAUAAUGUUGCAAAAAAUACAAUUGUCAGAGCGCAACCAAUGCAAAAUAUGAUACAAAGGCCAAAUGCGACAAUUCAACGUGUCACACAAUUGAGAACGCCAAUUUCACAUUCAACACAUUCAUCAUCAUCGUCAUCGUCGUCGCCAACCAUUUCUUCCGUUAGGAGCAAUACAAUUGCACAACCAAUUUCACAAAGGGAUUUUGCUGCACUCAAUGCUGUGCAAACGGCUGUUAAUGGUUGGUCGGGACUUGUUAGCACUCAACCGACUUUUCAGGCAGCUUUGGUCUCUCAGGCUAAUCAAAUUAUUAGGAUGCCUAAUUCUGCACUCAGCACACAUAAUCAAAUGACAACGGCGAGUAAGACUUACUCUCAGCAAUCAAGGAGUAGAGGGGGUGGUGGCGGAGCUGCGCAAUAUCCCGGUGUUUAUCCGGUUACGACAAUGCAAUCUGCCGUUCAUGUCCAACCACCCCCUCUUAUUCGAGCCACCCAAUCAAAUCAAUCCAAUAUUGGUUAUCCAACCUAUGGGGAGGAUGACUGGGUGUCGCCAACGUACACGACGCCAACAAGCAUGGGCGUUCCUAACGCCGCUGCCCCGUAUCCGCAGAUGCUCGGUUUGAGCGCGGAGCAAGUUCAAGCUCUGAUGCCAGCACAGACGUCGCCAUCGACGCUCUUGCCGCAUCCACAGAGACAUACGCCACCCGUGCACAAUUCCUCGCAUAACAAAUACCCGCCACCUUUAAUUCCAGUUAACGGCAGCAGCAAUAGCAGUUCCGGCAGGGACUCGAGAGGACGAAAACCAUUAAUACCCAUUGCUGAAACACAUACUUCAGGGAAUUGCCAAGUACCACCUUAUCAAGUGCAAAAGGCAUUGGUAGAAGACAAAUUGGUUCCCUGUAUAAAUUUGAAACCUUUUGUCUAUCAAGAACUUUUAAUGACACUACCUGACUUUGUCCAACAGUAUUUCCCUGCCAGUGAUAUCAAUAGUUGUAGACAAGUUCUCACCGACGUUCUCGGCAUCGAUUUGUAUCAAGGAAACAGAUUACAGAUGGAGAUGUUGAUGAAGGCAAAUAAAUGCUCGUCUUUAAAUGAAGAAUUACCGCUUAUUCAAGUACGAAGUGUCAUGAAAUUCAUGCCACAGAUGAAGUACAUGUUUAAUAGAUCAAUGAUACCAAACUCAUCGGCAACGUCAACGCCAACACCCACUCAUUCGUCUGAAGAACAUCCCUCGAAAAAGAGGCAACGCACCAGCUAGGAUUGGCUACAGCCUUAUUGGCCUACUUAUGAUUACUAUCACUCGGCUUUUUAAGGAUACAAGAAGAGAUAAUUGAAAAAAUUUCGCUUUUCCGUCUAAAGCUAAAAGAAAAAAUAAAAUAAAUAAAUAAAUAAUAAUAAUAAUAAUAAUAAUAAUUGAAAAAAAGGAUCCCUUUCUUUUUUUGUUGAGAAAAAAAAAACCCUGUAAAUAAACACAGAGUUUUUAACUUGUCAAAAAAAAAAAAGUUCACAAAAAACAAUUUUUGAAAAAAUCAACUAUUUUGAAAAUAAUGAAGAGAACUUUUUUUUUUAAUAUUAAAAAUCAUAUUUAUUGAAAGGGGGAAAAAAAAUAGAGGAAAUUUAUUCCUUUAUUACUGACAAACAUCCAAAAGAGACAUUAGGGUGAAAAACAAAUAUAUAUAUACAUUAUCGAUGUAUAUUAAAUAAAUAAAUUGCCAACUGUUGUAAAAGAGAAACAAAAAAAAAUCGACUAAAGAUAAUUUAAAAAGGAAAAAAAUUAUGAGAAAAUUUUUAAUUUUCUGAGAAUAUUUCCAAAAGGAAAAAAAAAGCUGAGCUUAGUUAUAAUAAUUGUCUUAUGUCGAAAAAAGAGAGAGAGAGAGAAAGAGAGAUACAGGGAAGAAACUUUUUUUUUUUUUUUUUCAUGCAAACCGAAUAUAGUCGCGCCAGUAUUUCUGUGUAUAUUAUAUAAUAGGAAGACUAUUUUCAAGCCGAUUCAAUCGGAAUGCAAAAAAAAAAGAACUUCAUGAAAAAGUUUCCUUGCAAAAAAAAAAAGAAUGAAAACAAUUCUUUUAUUCCAUUUUCACAAAACGGGGACAAUUUUUUGACUUUAUUUACAGUCAAAUAAUCCCAAUAUGGAAGAAUGUUAUGAGGCUAGUUUAAAAGAAAAAUGUGUCCAUGUCACGAAAAAACGGAAAAACCUUUGUAAAAAGUCUCGCAUAUCUAUAUUGAAAAAAAAAAACAAAAACAAUGAGAGCGUAAGAGUGUUUAGAAUUUUUUUUUGGAGUGUUUGUGUAAAUAAUUAAUAAAAAAGAGAUUAUAGAUAAUUGUUCAAUUUUAUACACAACGGUAGCAAAACUGUAAAAAAAAAAAAAAAAACAAAAAAAAAACAA